ACAUCUGUUUGGCUCCAAAGUUCAGCCCUUGUUCCUACCCUCCACUUGACCCAGCAGCUAAGUAGAUCAGGCCGUCCGUCGUGACUCAAAUGACGUUAAAUCUUUAAUCGGAAUGAUGAGCUACGAGGAAGGAGGAAGGAUGCAAACGCGGCACUGCUCAGUAACUAUGAGGUGUUCCAGUUACUAACAGAUCUCAAAGAACAACGGAAGGAGAGCGGGAAGAACAAGCAUAGCGCGGGGCAGCAGAACUUGAACGCCAUCACCUAUGAGACAUUAAAGUACAUAUCAAACACACCAUGUAGGAACCAGAGUCCUGCGAUUGUCCAAGAAUUCCUCACAGCAAUGAAAAGCCACAAGCUGACCAAAGCUGAGAAGCUUCAGCUGCUGAAUCACAGGCCAAUGACCGCUGUUGAGAUCCAGCUGAUGGUAGAAGAGAGUGAAGAACGGCUCACGGAGGAGCAGAUUGAAGCCCUCCUGCACACCGUCACUAGCAUUCUGCCUGCAGGUCCAAAGGAUGAACAGAGCAAAAACACUAGCAAUGAUGUGGCUAUGGAAGAGGAGGAUCCGGCAUAGAUGUGCACAGCCGGUCAGGUUGUUCGUGAAGCUCAAAGCUGCAACAGCCAUUUCCUGGAUGUUCGGAGAACUGUUUAUUCGAACUGGCCUACUCUCUCAAUAUGCCUGAUCUUAGGAUUGGUUGAGGAAAAAAAAAAAGAUGAAAAGAAAUCUUUGUGCUUUGGGGUCAAGAAACAUGGGGUCAGAACCGGGCAGGGGCUCAAGAUGGGGGAGCAUGGCUGUGCAGCUCUCUGGGGUAGAAAGGCUUGUGUGGCCUCUGCCACACAUGUACACAGUGGGGAGGGAGCUACUCAGGCUCUUUGAUGACUGUACUGUAGGCAGUGUCAGGCACUGCUGGGUAGAAUGGAGCUGGGGGAACAGACUCAGACAGUCGCCAGCUCCCAGAGCUGCACACAGCUGCUCCAGGGGACAUAACCCAGAGCUUAGCUCACUUUAUAGGAACGUCCUUGGUGGAACAGGAGCCAAGAAAAGGAGUUAAGAGAAAACGUCAGUCUGAGCCCAGCCUGGUGUACACACCCACCAUGCAUGCAUGCCACACACAUACAAAGAAAUUAGUCCAUUUUCUAUUGCCUGGGUGAGUGACAAGGAAAAGAGCUUAUUUCUGGUUCUGGUCCAAGGUCAAAGGGCAUCUGGGUAUGGCCCCUCUUGUCAGAAUAAGCAGAUAGCAUCGGCUAGCACAUUAUAAAACAUGAGAAGCAUUUGUUUAUUUGUUUUCAGAGUCUCUUGCAGCCCACAUUGACCUUGAACUCAAAUGUGGUCCUUUCUGUCUGACUUCCUCAGACAUCUGAUUCUUCUGCCUCAGCCUCCUUAAUGUUGGGAUUCAAAGUGUAUGUCACUCACUUAGGAGGCAGAGGCCAGCCUGCAAGUUCUAUGCCAGCCAGCGCCACACAGACCCUGUCUCAUAAAAACAGUUGAGUUGGUAAUCUUAUUUACUGAAUCAGAAGCUCCAAGUUGUCCCUCUGCAGGGCAGGCUGGGAGAGCCUGGAAAGCUGGGAGAUUCUGGGUUAAAUGUUCCAAUUCUUCCCCUGUGAGGGCCUCAGCUGGAAGAGUCAGCAUGCAUAGUCAGGGUGGGGUCCUGGGGCAAGGAGCCAAUGUCCUGAGUCAUAGAGGGGCCACGGAGUCAGGGCUAGACAAGGCACACAAAGCAAGAACUGCUGAAGGAAAGAAAGCCAGGGGUUGGACUAUUGUGGAGGAAGUCAGCAGCUGUAGGCAAGGUCCCAGUGGGGAGCUGCAUCAAGCCUGGAGCCAAAAACCAACCUGGCAGGGCAAGAUCUCAGGGACUGGGAAGGUGACUUGUGUCUAGAUUCCCAGAGCUGCUAGCCUGUGCUCAGGGUGACCAGUGGCCUGAGCCUGGUGGGUUGAUUGGCCCAGGGGUAGAAGAGCUCAAGUCUAGGAGGGAGCAUCUGAUGGGUGACACUUAGGCUCCAUGGAGACUGUUCAGCUCUCCAGCUAUGGUGAAGCGCAUCCAACAGACGCUCAGGUCCAGACCUACUCCUUGCUCCUGGAAGACCCAGCUUCCAGGUCUCAUCAGCUGCAGCCCCUGAUGCUACAGCUCUUCUGUGGCGCCUGGGCUGGCCCUCUCUUUGGAAGAAAACUGUGAGCAUCAAGACCCUUACUCCCAGACUCUGUUCUAUGUCAUAUCCUUUUGUUUUCUUUUUAAAAUCCAUGGAAACAAAUUUAUAAAACCUGAUAAAAAUAGUAGGUGAUAUACAAAUAAAUACACAUUUUCCCUGAA